AUGUCAUCUGAGUGCUUACCGGAGCCCUGCAACAAGGUCCAGAAUGAUGACAGCAAAGAGGAAGAGGACAACCAGACGGGAGUAGUACCGUUAUCUCCCGUGUGUGAUGCCAUCGGGGUUAAAACAGCAGAAGAUGGACUGAUGAAGGUCCAGAUGGAGGAGAAGCCGUCUGCUGAUGACACAAUGAGAUGUAUUAAGGUGGCUUCCAAAAAGAAGAGACAGGGCAGAGGCUCAGAUGCCAGUUGCACCUUUCGUUACUGCAAGUGUUUACCCAAAAUGUGCUUCCAUCAAGCCAGUAAAAGGGGACAGCAUGUCAAGGAGCCCCGAGGUUCUGGGCCUUUCUUUUAUUUUGGAGGAGCCAAUGGGGCUGAAAUAGUGAGCGCUUACUGUGAGAAAAGGGGAUGGAAGAGGAUAUUCAACAAGCACAGGGAGGACUUCAAACUGAAGUGGUGCGAGACCAAAUCUCCACGCACCUACCUCAACUUUAGAGAAGGAAAACAACUUGUGUAUCAAAUCCCCAACAACAAGGUUCUCACUACAAAGAUCGGCUUGCUCAGCAGUUUGAGGGAGUAUGAGCGAGUCAGCAGCAAAGUCAACCAUGGUCGAGCACUCAGGAAGCUGAAAAUGAAGGAGUUUAUUCCUACAACCUUCCGUAUGGACGUGAAAGAAGAGCGAGAGAGUUUCUUUGCUCAGCAGGAAGGUAUGAACAACAAUUACAGUGAAAUGUGGAUAUGCAAGCCCACGGGUCUGAACCAGGGCAGAGGGAUCUUUUUGCUCAGGAGUGCGGAGGAUGUUGCUGCUUUAAAGCUGAAACUGCAACACAAGGGCGAGCUGCACGGCAACAAGAAGAUGCUUCACCGCCAGCCUCAGGCUUACGUCGUCCAACAUUACAUCCAGCAGCCGCUACUGUUAAGAGGGAAGAAGUUUGACGUGCGUUCCUAUCUCCUUAUUGCCUGCACGUCACCUUACAUGGUCUUCUUUCGCCACGGAUACGUCCGGCUCACCUGUGACCAUUAUGACCCCAAGUCCCACAAUCUCUCGGCCCAUCUGACCAAUCAGUACAUGCAAAAGAAGAACCCCCUGUACAGCCUUGUAAAGGAGGAUACCGUGUGGUCCAUGGAGAGCUUCAACGCCUAUGUAAACGAGCGCUUUCAGAUAGCCGAUGAUCUACCGAGGGACUGGGUGCUGGGCCCUUUCACACGUUGCAUGCAGCAGAUAAUGACACAAUGUUUCCUUGCUGUUAAACCCAAGCUGGAUCGCAAGCUGGGUUUUUUCGACCUGAUUGGCUGUGACUUUAUGGUGGACCAGGACUUUAAGGUGUGGCUUUUGGAGAUGAACUGUAAUCCAGCUCUCCAAGUCAACUGUGAGGUGCUGAAGGAGGUGAUACCCAAUACUAUAGCGGAGACAUUGGAUUUAACUCUUGAAAUCUUCAACAAGUGCCGUCUGAGACAACAGAUCUUGCCUUUGGCCUGUCAGAGGGACUUUGUGCUCUUGUACAAUGGACUCCAUAGCUCUGAAUCCAAUAACAACACAGAAAAUGGACACAAAUUCAUCAAAAAGAAAGAAGAAGAUAAAAAAAGAGAAGAUCUGACAGGUUUGCAGGCAAGACAGGAGGAGCAAAUCUUGGCCAUGAUGGGAUGCUGCAGUGUGACCCAAAGGCACACCGGCGUAGACGAGUUCACUACAAAUCAAAACAAUUCAAUCACACGAUCAGGGGCUGAACAGAGUUACAGUAGUAAAUAUAUGGUGUGGAGUCUGGGAGAAACCAGGCUUCAACUGUCGGUGAGGUGCAGCAAGGACGACAAGCAGCCGCCAUCACGCUGCUCUUUAUUACCACUCAUGGAGAAACAGCAUACUCAUACGGGGGUGCUGUGGGGCAAAAGUAGAGGGGAGCUGCACCAGCGGAUCUACUCCAAGCAACCUAUCAAGGGCUGGGAGGGGAGACCUGCUCACAUGUAUGGAGAGAUCAUCCACUCAUCUCUUGUGUACCUCCACAACAAAUACUCUCAGCUACCUUGUGAUGAGCUCUGGAAGAGAGAGGAGCUGAAGAAAUACUUGAUGCAUGCUCCUAUAUGGGAGUGGGAAGGUUUGCCUAUACAACACAUGGGUCGACCUGGAUACAUCUCAGUGGUCCAUAUCAUCAACUCACACAGACAGCUAGACGGAAACAUCCACACUGAAGUUAGCCCCGCUGCACCAGCACUCGUGCCAAAGCUGCGCAGGAGCCGCAAAGAAGCCAUCACCAUUGACCAAUAUCAUGUUAAUGGACGCAGUUAA